AAUAGAUUGGGAUAAAUAACCCCAAAAAGGCACCCAAUUUCAACUUGUACUCAAUUUUCUGAAAUUCCAAAUCUCACAGCCAAGCAAGAAUCCAGAAGAUGUCGUCCCGCGAUAAGAAACCCUCGAGCAGCCGAGCCGGCGGCAUACGGACCCUCUCGGACUUGAACCGCCCGUCUGGACACGAUUCCGACAGCGAUUCCGAUGGACCCCAGGAGUACUACACCGGCGGCGAAAAGAGCGGUAUGCUUGUCCAAGAUCCAUCAAAGGGUAACGAUGUGGAUGCAAUUUUUGAUCAAGCCAGACAGUUGGGUGCUGUGCAAGGGCCCUUGGAAAGCCUUCAGCCAGCUUCAAGCUCAAGAAGCUUCACUGGGACGGGAAGAUUACUUUCGGGAGAAACUGUGCCAACUGCUGCUCCUCAGCCACCUGAGUCAGUUGUGCACAACAUCGUUUUCUGGAGAAAUGGUUUCACUGUUGAUGAUGGACCAUUGAGGAGGUUGGAUGAUCCUGAAAAUGCUCCUUUUCUGGAGAGCAUAAAAAAAUCUGAGUGCCCUAAAGAGCUGCAACCUGCAGAUAGGAGAACUGCUGUUCAUGUCAACCUCGUAAGGAGGGAUGAGAAUUACCCUGAACCACAGGUACGUCGUGCUGCAUUUCAAGGUGUGGGCAGAACUCUAGGGAGUAGCUCUCCAGCUGAAUCGGUUCCUGAGACAACUGCUGCUGCUCCCCUCCACAGUGCUCCAUCCCCUUCAGCAGGUCUUGUUGUGGAUAGGUCACUGCCGUCCACUUCAAUUCAACUUAGGCUAGCAGAUGGAACCCGUAUGGUUGCCCACUUCAACUACCACCACACAAUAGCCGAUAUUCGUUCCUUCAUUGAUGCAUCUAGGCCUGAUGGGUCGAGAACAUAUCAAUUACAGACUGUCGGAUUUCCUCCCAAGGUCCUCACUGGUUACAGCCAGACAAUUGAACAAGCAGGAUUGUUGAAUUCUGUGGUGGUUCAGAAACUCUAAACAGCUUUUUAUUCUCUACUGUUAACUCCGUGCUGCUCCUUAUCUCCAAAACUUGUUGAAUUCAUGUGUUCGUGGAAGAUAACUUUAUACAUUUGAACUAAAUGCAUAUAAAAAGUACUUGAAUGGCUUCUGUUUGAACU